GUUUUUUCGUUGGCUCGAUGGUGUACUACAAUGUAGUACAGCGUCUUUGGGAAAAUGCCGGUGUUCCAAUGACUGAUUUUCUUGUGUUGUCUUCUCCCUUGCUGAUUUGCUCCCUUCUCGUUGCCUGUUGGUGUGCUCUAUUGAGAAAGAAAGUGGCGAGGGGAACGUCCAUUCGGUGGCGCUUUGCCAUGUCGUCGAGGGACACGCGAUUCAUUGCGUCAGCCGUGAUUGUGGCAGCCUCUCUCUUCUUGGCCGCUCGAUUUCUUUAUACGAGAUACGAUGGGGACAAUUUUACUCCAACGCCUAUGCCAGAAUGGGAAAAGCAGGUCAAGAAUAAUUCCAAAUGGAUUGUUGUGACGACUAUUCAGUCGCCGACGAAGCCCAUGAUUAGACUGUCAAAGCUUUCAGGGUGGUCUGUUGUAGUUGUUGGUGACACGAAAACACCAGCUGACUGGAGUCUCUCUAAUUGCGUAUUUCUCAGUGUGGAACGCCAAAAAGAGCUGAAUUAUCGCAUACACAAGCUUCUCCCAUAUCGAGCUUACUCGAGGAAAAAUAUUGGAUAUCUGUUCGCUAUUCGUCAUGGUGCUCACGUAAUUUAUGAAACCGAUGACGACAAUGAGUUGAUUGCUAAUUCCAUCGAGGAAGCGUUUCAAGUGGAUUUGAAGCAUCUCAAUAAGGACUUGAUGGUCUACACUCCAGAGCGCAGCACUGUCAAUCCAUAUGUUCACUUCGGUCAGGGCAGCAUAUGGCCUCGUGGCUUUCCGCUAUCUGACAUCGCUCAUAGCUACAAGCCUGUGCGCUACUCCAAGUAUGGCACUGGCCUGAUGCCACUUAUCCAACAGGGACUGGCCAAUGGCGAUCCCGAUGUUGAUGCCAUUUUCCGAUUGACUCGCAAGGAGGCCGGCAAGAAGAUUGUGGUCAAGUUCGACGAGAAGGCCCCGCCGGUGGCUCUGCCGCCCAGCAUGAUGACACCGUUCAACUCGCAGAACACACUCUUCCACUACCAAGCACUCUGGGGUAUGCUGAUCCCGAUCACCACCACCUUCCGGGUGUGUGACAUUUGGCGUGGCUACUGGGCGCAGCGGCUCAACUGGGAGGUCGGCGGCACGCUAACGUUCUCCACCGCGUCGGUGUACCAAGACCGCAAUGAACAUGACUACACUCUAGAUUACGCCGACGAAGUUGAUCUGUAUAAUGAUGCCGGUCGUCUUGUCAAGUUUCUCAUCAGCUGGAGAGCACCCAGCUCUGCUAGUGGGUUCUUUGACGUUGCCAGGGCACUGUCGACAGACAUGGCUGCCGCAGGCUUCUGGAAGAGUGGCGAUGUCGCAUUGAUCAAUGCAUGGAUCGGCGAUUUGAUCAGCGUGGGUUACAAGGAGCCGCCACUUUACAAACCCUCCAAUCCCAAGGCAGCUUUUGGCGGCAAUGUAGCAUACCAGCCCAAACCAGGCGUCACAUGCAAGUGAAGACGGUGACAUGAAAAAUCAAGAUUGUUGGAGUGACUAUUUCCUUCAGAUUUUUUUCUUUUUUUCACUUUAUAUUGUGUAGUGGAGACGCAGAUAUGAUUACGAUGUUCAACUGCUGGUAUGCUUGCGUGUGUGCUUGCUUGAGCUGCUUUUUAUUAUCAUCAUUUAUUAGAUUAACCACAACAACUGAAUCAGCCGGCCAGCCCCUUUCUUGUCUGUCCAAUAGCACGUAGGCUUAGCAUUAGCAAUGAUCUUGUACUCACAUGGCUGUGCUACAUGAUGUGUACGUUAGCGUCUGGGUGCUUGCUGUUUCAUGAAAGCAGGUGCACACCUCCAUCCCCCCUCCCCAAUCUACUCAUCGUUACACUCAUACCGGGUAUGUCAUGACCAAGCGUUCAUAACCAA